AUAAAAAUGGCGUCUCCAGCGAAGAGUUCUCCGCGAGAUGCACAAGUAAUGGGUGCAAUUUUAAAAGAAAUGGGUGUUACUGAAUACGAACCUAGAGUUGUGAAUGUCAUGUUGGAGUUUGUAUACCGUUAUGUCACAGACAUAUUAGAGGAUGCCAAAGUGUACUCGAACCAUGCCAACAAGAAAUUACUGGACGCAGAGGACAUAAAGUUGGCCGUCCAGUGUCGUAUGGACCACUCCUUCACAAGUCCACCUCCCAGAGAUCUGCUGAUGGAGAUUUCUAAACAUAAGAAUGGCCAAGUCUUACCUCUCAUCAAGACAUAUACAGGACUACGGCUACCGCCAGAUAGAUAUUGUUUGUCUGCCCCUAAUUACAAAAUGAGCAGUCAUAAAGCAGUCAAAAAGCAUCAGGCAAGAAUACAGAUAGGUCUGCCACAAUUCCAGCAGAGAAUCAACCUGAACCAAAUGUCAAUGACACCAGGAAAACUUGGCCCGGGGGGUCCACAUCUCACUGUCGUGUCCAAACCCGGGAUGACUGUCCCUGCUGUUACCAUAGUAACCAAACCCUCGGGUCAACAUCACCCUGUCCCAAAGCCUGCUAUCAGAAUUUCUACAGGUCCAUCAUUGAACUCAUUGAAUCAGGCUCGUACAUUCCAACAUGCAGUUCCGAUGUCUGGAGGUCAUCCCCCCAUCCCUCAGCCCACGAUCCAGUUCCAACCCCUACAGAGUACCACAACCUCCCUCAUCAGCGGGCAGUCCUCAAACCCACUGAAGCGUAAAAUGGAAGACGAAGAUUACGAUAAUCCCUCAUAAUGAGGAGGUGGUUAUUCACAAUAGUAUUACAGUGCUUUCUAUUCUCCAUCAACAGAGGAAUUUCAUCUGAAAUAUGUGUUGUGCUUUUGUAGCCACAGAUUAUUGGAGAUAUACAUGCAUAAAAACUGAAUAGGAUGGAAAGAUCAUGAAGUUUUCAGGCCUUCAAACAGAGUGAAGGGUUGAGUUUUCUGGCUGUUGUCAAGACAUAACCAUGUAUGAAUAUGGUGGUAAAGAUAAUCAAGUUGACAUGGAUUUAAACAAACCUGAGCAUAUACAUGUACUUGAUGUUUUUUCUGUAUGUUGUCAAACUGAAUGAAAAUUGUAAUGUCUACUUAUGCUCAAAUUGAGUAUUUAUGAAUAAAAUGGGACAUACUUCUAUAAA